CCGGGCUCCGGCCGAGCGGUGCCGAGCCGAGCUGAGCCGUUCCGAGCCGCGCCAGCCGCUGCGAGCCGAGCUGGUGACACCGGCCCCCGGUGGCCGCGCGUGUCCCUCCGCGGGUGACCCCGGGAAGCUCUGCCUGCCCCGAGCGUGGAGCACUGACACCACCCCAGCUCAGGACCCUGGGGGAUGCUGGCUGCUGGAGGCUGUGCCAAAUGCUUGCAUGGGACACAACUUGUGGCAUCUCCCAUCAAACCUCCUGCAAGGGUGGAUGCUUGAGAGAGGAGGAUAAGGCACAAGAGUCUGGGACCAGUGGAAUGGAGGCCUGAUGUAGAUGGAAAGAUGGAUGAAGAAGAAGCUCUGAACUCUAUUAUGAAGGAUUUGGCAGCGUUGGGCAAGUGUGGGGGGCUGCUGGACAACAACAGGAAUAAAAACAGUGUCCACUCCAACAAACAGCAGCGAAAUGUCAGGAUCAAGUUUGAAUAUGAAGGAGAGAAAAGGAUUAUCCAGUUUCCAAGACCAGUCAAAUUCAAGGAAGUGGUGCAGAAGGUCACGGACGCUUUUGGGCAGACGAUGGACUUGGUCUGUGUGAACAAUGAGCUCCUGAUCCCACUGAAAUCCCAGGAAGAUUUGGACAAAGCGAUGGAACAGUUGGAGCUGAGCCCUUCCCUGAAGAGCCUGCGGAUCCUUGUGAGCGCUCCAAAGAAAGCGAAUCUCCUGCAGCCCAACAACAGCAAGCAGCAUGAGAUGAGGAUCUCCAGAUCCAUGGGUGAUAUCAUGGGCUCCCUGUACAAAGACUCGGAGAGGACGCGCAAGUAUUCCACAGGCUCCCUGCACACCGGCCGCAGCUCCCCGCCGCCGGGCAGCGUUCCCGAGGAGCAGCAGCAGAUCGCCCGCCAGGGCUCCUACACCAGCAUCAACAGCGAGGGCGAGUUCAUCCCCGAGACCAUGGACCAGAACAUGCUUGAAGCUUUCAUCAGCCCCGAUGAUUCGCUGUCUGGGAGCUGUCAGUCACUGGACAGGUCUGUGGACAGCCCUCCCUUUCCCCAAACCCCUGUUCCUGGAAGGAAGAGCCAUCCCAAAGACAGUCUUGACUGCAUGGAUUUUGACAUCCCAUUCUGUGAGAGGUUUGGGAAAGGUGGGACCUUCCCAAGGCAGUACCAUCUCUCCCAAAGUCGCAAGGACUACAGCGAUGGCCGGAGGACUUUCCCCAGGAGUUACUUCCCACAGGAGAACCUGUUUCAGCUCGUCCCUUCCAGCAGAACCAAGAGCUUUACUGGGGACAGCAAGCUCAGCACCUUGCAGUAUGAUGAGUACAGGCCCAAGUGUUGGAACAAUUUUGAAAAGGGUCUGCAGGCCUUCAGCACCUCCCCUACAAAAACCAGGAACUCCCUGCAGGCACCUGUGAACUGGAGGCUGGGGAAGCUGCUGGGAAGAGGAGCUUUUGGGGAAGUUUAUCUCUGCUAUGAUGCUGACACUGGGAGGGAGCUGUCAGUGAAGCAGGUGCCUUUCGACCCUGACAGCCAGGAGACAAGUAAGGAGGUGAAUGCUUUAGAAUGUGAGAUUCAGCUGUUGAAGACUCUCCGUCAUGACAGGAUUGUGCAGUACUAUGGAUGUCUGCGGGAUCCUGAGGAGAAGAAACUGUCCAUCUUUGUGGAAUACAUGCCAGGGGGCUCAAUAAAGGACCAGCUAAAAGCUUACGGUGCUCUGACUGAGAAUGUCACACGGAAGUACACCAGGCAGAUCCUGCAGGGAGUCUUCUACCUACACAGCAAUAUGAUUGUCCACAGGGAUAUUAAAGGUGCCAAUAUUCUGAGAGAUUCUGCUGGAAAUGUGAAACUCGGAGAUUUUGGGGCCAGCAAACGCAUCCAGACCAUCUGCAUGUCUGGGACUGGGAUUAAAUCUGUCACGGGAACACCAUACUGGAUGAGCCCAGAGGUUAUCAGUGGAGAGGGCUAUGGAAGGAAAGCUGAUGUGUGGAGCGUGGCCUGCACCGUGGUGGAGAUGCUAACCGAGAAGCCGCCCUGGGCAGAGUUCGAGGCCAUGGCGGCGAUUUUUAAAAUCGCCACGCAGCCAACCAACCCCCAGCUCCCCGACAGCGUCUCCAGCUCCUGCCGCAACUUCCUCAAGCAGAUCUUCGUGGAGGAGAAGCGGAGGCCGACGGCCGAGGACCUGCUGAGACACCCUUUUGUCAACUGCGGGCUCUGAGCGCCGGCAGCGGGGCCGGGAAGCGCCGGCGGGAGCUCGGCCCUCAGCGGGGCUGUCCGGACAGUCCCUUCCCGCUCGCUGCUGCCUCGGCCCCGCCGCCUUGAUGGAUUUUCAAGCUGCGCUCGGGACUGUGGGGGAUCCAGAGCGAGGGAUUUCCCGGCCUGUGCUGCGGGUGGCUGGACCGCGGAACCUCCCUGCUGCCAGCGGUACCGGGGUCGUGCCCCCUCACCAAGUAACUGCUCUCUUGGGGGACGUGUGGCAAGCGGGAAAUGUCCCCCCAGCAAGGGGGAAAUGUCCCCUCAGCACGGCGGCGGUGCUGGCGGCAUCCCCAGGACCGGUGGGGGAAUGGGAUGCCCAGUGGCCAUCACCACCUUUCGCAGAGGGACAGACAGGGCCUUCAGCCAAGCCGGAGGAGAUGAUCCUCAGACCACAGAGUCGGGGGGACCCGGGCGUCCCCGUUCACAAGGGGACCGACCCCGCUGGAGCAGCCGGCGGGGCGGCGUUUCACACUGUCCUGUGCCUUACGCGGUUACAAUCAAGGAGUGAUGCUCGGCUCGGAUCUGGUGUGAGGAUGCAGCAGCCGUGUUGACUUUGCCUUGGCUCGUCUGUGUGUGUGUGUGUGUGUGAGUCUGGGAAGCAGGGGGUCUUCUCGGGGUGCAGGAGGUCUCUGCUGGGUACACCCGCGGACGGAUGCCCGGGACCCCUGCCGUGGGCUGAGGGAUGGGUAAGUGAUGGUGGUGAUGUUUAAAUCAGGAUUCAGGUGGGAGCUGAAGGGAAUCUCAGCAAGGAGGGCUCUGCUCACAGCCACAGUUCUGCUGAGCCGUGUCCGCGCUGCUGCGCUGGAGGAAUGCCAUGGUGUUCUGGAAGUGGAGCUACAGGGAGAGCCCAGUGCAUCUCUGUGAAACCCAAGAGAGUGCCUAAAAUUAGGCAGAGAGUGCUGAUGCCUGUGAAUCUGGGUGUGUUCUCCUCUGGGCACCCCUCCUCUGUUCCUUAUGGGCCAUCCCCGGGUACAGGGAAGGGGAGCAUCACUUCUGUGGUGGUGCCCAGGGGAGCAGCUGCAGGAUAAUGGAGCCCCAGACUGGGAAAGUGCAGCUGCAGCAGGGGAGGGCAGCUGGAAGCAGAUUCCUUCCCUCAGUAGGUUUGAAGUUGUAUGAGAAAACGGGCCAGUCAAAAGCAGAGCUGGGCUACAGCCUCUGACCAGCACUGCCCUGCUGGAAAACGUGGGCAGGAAGCACGCACAGAGUCCCUGGAAGCUGGUUAAUUAAUUGGUCAGUCAGAUUGUGGGGGAGUUUGGGAUUAAUUAAUUGCACCUUCCCACCUCCCCCUUCUCUACUGCAUUAGCUGUUUCCACCGACUCAGCAAAGGGUCCAAAAAGCAGUUCCCAGGAGGCUCCAUCCUCAGGCCAGUGUGUCAGACACAGGCUUAUUUUAAUGCUGGUUUUCAGUGAAAAUGAAAAGUGUUGCUUAGACUUGAGAGGAAAGUGACAAAUUAGUUGUUUGUGUGAACACAUCCUUGAAUUCUUCCAUGUGGGAGAGAUCAAGGCUUUGCCUCACUGGUGUGGUGGUGAGAGCAUGUCCAUGUCCUCAGCUCUGAACAGAGAAGCAAGAUUUAGGAGGCUGCCCAGUGUAGCUGUGGAUGUCCCAUUUCUGGAAACAUUCAGGGAAUAUGGCUUGGAGCAACCUGGUCUAGUGAAAAAAUGUCCCUGCCUCAUGGCAAGGGGUUGGAAUGAGGUGAGCUCUAAGGUCCCUUCCAACCCAAACCAUUCAAGAUCUCAUGAUUUUAAGAAUUAUUUCAAUAAAAAAAAAAAUAAACAGUGAGUAUUAGGGCAAAUUAAAAUAAUACCUAAAAGAAUUCCCUAUAAAUCUCUCUGAAAGCUACCGAGGCCGUUUAUUCCAGGCCAGGUUCCAGGGAAGCUGUGGGCAGCACUGGGGCUUCUGUCAGUCACCCAUGGUGGUGAUGGGCAGCUCCCCAUGGGGAGGGGGAAAAGUCUCCUUUUGCUGAGGGGGAUGAAGAAUUUUAUUCUGUGAAUAGGACCAAAUCCAUCAGUCUGAUCAGUAAUAUGGGAUGGAUGGAAACAAACACAAGGGAAAAAAAAAAUCAGCUUUGUCUGGGAAUGGGUUUGGCAGAAGAGGGUAACAAAGUGUGUGUUCACCAAAGCUAAAAAAAAAAAUAAUCAAAAAUCAAAACAAUUUUUAAGCUGUUUUCUCUUCUUUCAUUAAAUCUGUUUGGUUUGGGUUUUCUCAGCCCUUCAGUGGUGGGAGGGUGCUUCCCUUCUUUCCAAAGAUUUGAGAGCCAAAGGGGGAUCCUGGCUGCCCCAAAAUGCUCCCAGGGCCCUCAAACCACCCAAAUCCUCCCGUGGAUGGAUGUGGUGAGUGUGAGUGUGAGUGUGAGACACUCCUCAGGUGCCUUUGCCUUUCUGGUUUGUAAAACCCUUGCAGUGUUCUGAUGUACAGAAUGGAACUAGGAAAAGCAAAUGGAAUUAUUCUACCAUGUAAAGUCA